AUGCUGGGCGCGUUGCAGCGUUGGCCGGGCGGCAUUGCAACGGAUACCGGACGCUUUGCAACGUUGGCUGGGGUCGUUGCAACGGAUGCUGGGCGCAGUGCAACGUUGGCCGUGGCCGUUGCAGCGGAGGCAGGGCACGGUGCAACGUUGGCUGGGGUCGUUGCAACGGAGGCAGGGAGGCUUGCAACGUUGGCCGUGACCGUUGCAACUGAAGCAGGGCGGCUUGCAACGGACGCUGGGCGCGUUGCAACGCAUGCUGGGCGCGAUGCAUCGUUGGCUGGGAGCGUUGCAACGGAGGCUGGGUUUGGUGGGCGCGGUGCAACGGACGCUGGGCGCGUUGCAACGCAUGCUGGGCGCGGUGCAUCGUUGGCUGGGAGCGUUGCAUCGGAGGCACCCGCCGUUGCAACGGAUGCUGGGCGCGGUGCAACGGACGCUGGGCGCGUUGCAACGCAUGCUGGGCGCGGUGCAUCGUUGGCUGGGAGCGUUGCAUCGGAGGCACCCGCCGUUGCAACGGAUGCUGGGCGCGGUGCAACGGACGCUGGGCGCGUUGCAACGCAUGCUGGGCGCGGUGCAUCGUUGGCUGGGAGCGUUGCAUCGGAGGCACCCGCCGUUGCAACGGAUGCUGGGCGCGGUGCAACGGACGCUGGGCGCGUUGCAACGCAUGCUGGGCGCGGUGCAUCGUUGGCUGGGAGCGUUGCAUCGGAGGCACCCGCCGUUGCAACGGAUGCUGGGCGCGGUGCAACGGACGCUGGGCGCGUUGCAACGCAUGCUGGGCGCGGUGCAUCGUUGGCUGGGAGCGUUGCAUCGGAGGCACCCGCCGUUGCAACGGAUGCUGGGCGCGGUGCAACGGACGCUGGGCGCGUUGCAACGCAUGCUGGGCGCGGUGCAUCGUUGGCUGGGAGCGUUGCAUCGGAGGCACCCGCCGUUGCAACGGAUGCUGGGCGCGGUGCAACGGACGCUGGGCGCGUUGCAACGCAUGCUGGGCGCGGUGCAUCGUUGGCUGGGAGCGUUGCAUCGGAGGCACCCGCCGUUGCAACGGAUGCUGGGCGCGGUGCAACGGACGCUGGGCGCGUUGCAACGCAUGCUGGGCGCGGUGCAUCGUUGGCUGGGAGCGUUGCAUCGGAGGCACCCGCCGUUGCAACGGAUGCUGGGCGCGGUGCAACGGACGCUGGGCGCGUUGCAACGCAUGCUGGGCGCGGUGCAUCGUUGGCUGGGAGCGUUGCAUCGGAGGCACCCGCCGUUGCAACGGAUGCUGGGCGCGGUGCAACGGACGCUGGGCGCGUUGCAACGCAUGCUGGGCGCGGUGCAUCGUUGGCUGGGAGCGUUGCAUCGGAGGCACCCGCCGUUGCAACGGAUGCUGGGCGCGGUGCAACGGACGCUGGGCGCGUUGCAACGCAUGCUGGGCGCGGUGCAUCGUUGGCUGGGAGCGUUGCAUCGGAGGCACCCGCCGUUGCAACGGAUGCUGGGCGCGGUGCAACGGACGCUGGGAUCGUUGCAACGGAGGCUGGGUUUGGUGCAUCGUUGGCAGGGAGCGUUGCAUCGGAGGCACCCGCCGUUGCAACGGAUGCUGGGCGCGGUGCAACGGACGCUGGGAUCGUUGCAACGGAGGCUGGGUUUGGUGCAUCGUUGGCUGGGAGCGUUGCAUCGGAGGCACCCGCCGUUGCAACGGAGGCACCGACCGUUGCAACGGAGGGGGCAAAUUUUCAUAUCUCACAAUUGGCUCGUGCAAUUUUCCUAAAAUUUUGA